AGAAUAUAACUUAAAGUAACACCCAGUAUAGUUUGUAAUUUUGUCUACAAACCCCACGGAAGUCAUGAGUGAUGCGGGUGAUAAUUCUACCACUGGCACUGGUGAGCAGACCCAACAAAACCAAGGCCGAUGGGCAGCAGUUAAAGAGAAGUUGUCUGCGAAUAUGAUUGACACUGUUCUAUGGCUGACUAGACUAAGCACAGUCGUUUUCUGUGUUGGCUUUGUGUUUCCAUUGUAUGGUGUUCAAGCCAGUCACUACCAGAAAGCACUGAUCAGCAAUGCUGCCACGAGUGCACUGCGGCUUCACCAGCAUCUGCCUGCAUUCCAAUUCAGCCGCGAAUUUUUCGCUCGGCUGUUCAUCGAAGACAGCUGCCACUAUCUCUUCUACUCAAUCAUUUUCAUGACCAGCUAUCCGAUUACAAUGGUAUUAACACCAGUUCUUCUGUUUGCUAUCUUGCACUCCACGAGAUUUUCUCUCCAGCUAUUGACGUUGAUGGGUAGCGGUGAGGCAUGGGUGACGCGUAAGCUGACGACCCUCGUCGAUGCAAAUAACCAGCGCAACAUCCUGCGCAUCGUGGCGUGCUCCGAGAUAUUCGUCAUGCUGGCCAUCAUCUUCCUAAUGUUCACGGGACGUACCAGUAUAAUCCUACCAUUUGUCUAUUACCGAUUCCUCAGCCUGAGAUAUGCUUCACAGAGGAAUCCAUAUUCAAGGCAAAUGUUCUACGAAUUUCGUGUGUCGAUAGAGGUGAUUGUUAACAAGCCGGCUUGCCCUCAGCUUAUAAGAACGCUCGCCUACAAGCUCAUUGGCGUGAUCACUCGACUUGCUCCUCAAGUGGCAGCACCAGCACAGGAGUAGCAAACGUGUCUAAGGUCUAGGUUGUUUUAUUUACAGCAGAACGUGAGAAACCCACAGGGAACCAUAAAUAUUUAGGACACAAUAGGUGAUUGCAGUGACUGCUAUAAGUGGCUGGGUAAAUGUGUAUUGUCCUUAGAAACCAACUGGUUUUCAUCACAUUUUGAAGCCAAGUAAAUACAAAGCCACCUGUGCAAGUUCUGGGCAACAUAUCUGUUCUGUAUCUUACAUGUAUGUUUAUUGAGGAGCGCAUGAAUAUAGCCAAGUUGGAUAACAGUCAAGAGUACAUAAUAGGAGAUGCUCCUAUUAUGUACUCUAGAUAACAGUGACUAUAACCUGCAUAGUCGUUAUACAACGCUGAUUGAUCAGUCGCUCGUACCUUUCUCCACUUUGUCGUAAUUCACAUAUAAAUUGGCAGUUUGACUGAGAAUUUUGGUGUUUGUUUUUCUGUCUGUAUACUGUCAAAUUACGUGUAGAAUCUAUAAUGAAAUGAAAUUUGAAUUUAUAUAUUUGAAUAUCACUUAUAAAUGUUUACCACGUACACGUUUUUACCUCAAAAGUUUUUUUAUAAAUAGCACUUGCCGAUUUCCCACAAAAUUAUAAUCCUACGUACAUACCAGUGCGAAUUACGUGCUUUUCUGUGUAACCACCAAUUUAUCACUAGAUAAACACGUGUUUUAUAGAUCAGCUAAGUAUGUACGUAAUUGCCCAAUUGCGAAAUGAAGAUAUCCAAUUUAAACUAACUUGACAUGAAAGCAAUACAAAGAACGAUGAUAUCGUAAAUAUAGGUUGUUAAUUGGCCCAGAUCUGAUGCUCGACUCUUCAGGUAGUAAUAUCUCUGCAGAAGAUUCAUGAAACCGUAUCUGCAAGCACACCGCGUUCAACGUGCACUGCAGAGAUAUUGAUAUCUGAUCCAGUUAAAAUGGAAGCAUCUCGUCUGACAGCUGGACGAUUCUAGGAGGUUAGCGAGUUACUCAGACGUCAAUGCUCGUCCUUUUGUCCUCGGUUCGUAAACCAACUAUCCAAUUACCACACUUGUGGGUUACGUGUACUUGCACUAGUACAGACUAGUUGUGCCGGUAUUCUCGUUUGGUGACCUCAGCUUGUGAUCAACAGCGUGUUCUUUUAUUCGGUGGCCUCAGACUUGCCCUCGUUUCUCCUAAGUCUCGCAGCUGACGCAGAGGUGUCCAUGCAGCGUGUUAGGAGCAGGGGUGCUCCCCCAGACCCCAGAGCCAUUUAUGUUGUUGAGUGAUGACUGACCGUCACUCUUAGACCGCGCUGUUACUGUCACAGCAUGAUGAGCUCUCUAGACGAGCUGCGACUGUACGAGUAUCUGUUUUGUUUAUAGAUAGCAGUGUAAGUUUGUGCUGUGUCACGUGAUACGUAAUAUAUUAUUAUCAGGAGCUAAUAUUACCUGUUAUUGUACGUAUCUAUUGAUGACGUUUGCUAUAUUGUGCGACCGUUCGGAAUAUACUCGACCUCAAAAUCGCAAA